AUGUCCAGCCUCUCGACUUCCCUCAAGAAUUCCUAUCAAAAAUGGCUCCAACCAUACGAAGACUACCUUCGAGUCGCAAAACCGGGCGUUCAACACCAAUUGGAACUGGAAAAUGGAGGUCCUUUCACCCCUUCUCCCGGUACUUCGCCUCUUAAGAAGUCGCAGAACAAUACCCCGAAUGGUGAGAGCACUCCAGCCAUGCGCGCAUCUGCUGCGCUGAACGCUUCUCUGGACGCCGGUAUGCCCGUGGUCCAGCAGACACCAGUCAAGCCGACUCCUCCAGCCCCGGCUCCAGCUUCUACUCAAGGCUUCACUCCUGUGAAUGGAGGGUUUACAUCAGUCAACCGCCCUUCAGGCUUUACUCCAGUAAACGGACCCAACGGAGUUCGCGCGACUCCAGAGAACCCACGUUCGAUACCGCGAUCGACUAUGGAUAGCCCACAGCUUCACGAAAGCAACACGCCAACCUUUGAACCAAGCAACAAACGACCUCUGACUGAUAGUGCAGAAAAGGACGCGAACGGAGAUUUGGACGCAUCUGGAAGACGAAGCAAGAGACUGAAGAGAGAGCCGGCCCCAAUGGUAGCAGGCUCACACAUGCACCAGCCUAGGACUUCGACACCGAAAUUUGUUCCAGCACGCGAACGCAGCAACUUCCCUCCAGGCGAAGCAUGUGAAACGUGCGCAAAGCCGGAAGAUCCUGGCUUGCUCUUGAUAUGCGACAGUUGCGAUUGCGGUUAUCAUGGCGCAUGUCUUGAGCCUCCUGUAAAGAUGCAGCAACCCGAAAACGACUGGCACUGUCCCCGUUGUCUCGUCGGAACUGGAGAGUUUGGAUUCGAAGAAGGCGAGGUGUACUCGCUUCGAGCAUUCCAGGAAAGAGCAAACAGAUUCAAGGAAAACCACUUCGCGGACAAGAUGCCCUUCGAUCCCAUCCUCAACAAAAGAAGACCAGUCAACGAGGAUGAUGUUGAGCGCGAGUUUUGGAGGCUGGUCGAGAACAUCACCGAGACGGUUGAGGUCGAAUACGGUGCUGAUAUCCAUUCGACUACCCAUGGGAGUGGCUUCCCCACGAUCGAGAAGCAGCCUCGCGAUCCUUACUCGACAGAUCCCUGGAACUUGAACGUUCUCCCUCUGUAUGGCGAGUCCUUGUUCAAGCACAUCAAGACAGACAUCUCUGGCAUGACAGUGCCAUGGCUCUACGUCGGUAUGGUAUUCUCCACCUUUUGUUGGCACAACGAGGACCAUUAUGCCUUCUCGGCCAACUACCAACAUUUCGGAGCAACCAAGACGUGGUAUGGCGUUCCAGGAGAAGAUGCCGAAAAGUUCGAGAAUGCCAUGCGAGAAGCUGUGCCGGAGCUUUUCGAGACGCAACCAGAUCUCUUGUUCCAAUUGGUGACUUUGAUGCCGCCGGAGAAGCUGAAGAAAGCUGGUGUGCGUGUCUAUGCUAUCGAUCAACGCGCUGGUCAGAUGGUCGUUACCUUCCCUCAAGCGUACCACGCUGGCUUUAAUCACGGCUUUAAUCUCAACGAAGCUGUCAACUUUGCACCUGUCGACUGGGAGCCUUUUGGCGAAAGCGGUGUACAAAGACUGCGCGACUAUCGCCGUCAGCCAUGCUUCUCUCACGACGAGCUCCUGCUGACAGCCGCUUCUCGUGACCAAUCAAUCAAUACUGCAAAGUGGCUCGCUCCUGCUUUGGAAAGAUUGCUCGAGAAGGAGCUGGAUGCUCGCAAACACUUCCUUGUGCAGCCCGACAAUGCCGAGCCAACAGACGGUACCUACCAAGGCGACAGAUAUACUGGCAAGCCCGAGGUGUUCACAGAAGACAUGGACGAGGAGGAAUAUGUCUGUAGCUUUUGCAAGUGUUACAGCUUCCUAUCGCGAUACGCGUGUAAAAAGUCGGGUAAGGUCAUGUGUCUGCUACAUGCUGGCGCAUACGAGUGCUGCGACUCGAGAGAAUCAGACCGCUAUGCUGGUGCAGCUCACGACCACGUCCUCUCCNNCCUUCGCAUGACGGACAAGGAGUUGAAGUCAAUGGUGCANAAGGUGGUUGACCGAGCCAAGCUCCCUGAGGCCUGGGCACAGAAGGUCGACGACUAUCUUGGCCAGGAACCCCGUCCCUCGCUCAAGAUUCUGCGUUCGUUGCUCAACGAAGGCGAGCGUAUUCCCUUCGACAUUCCGCAGCUUGCAGACCUGAAGCGCUAUGUCGAGCGUUGCAAUGAAUGGGUGGAAGAGGCCACCGUCUACAUCACUCGUAAGCAGCAGAACCGAGCCAAGGGAAAGCCUUCGCGCAAGAAGUCGACGGUUGCUGAAUCGGACGAGCGCGACAAGGAGCUUCGUAACUUUGAAAACAUGCAAAAGCUCCUCGCCACCGCCGACGACAUCCAUUUCGACUGCCCAGAGUACAAGACUCUGCGCGAAAGAGAAGCCGACAUCAACGACUUCAAAGCAAAGGCAGUCGCUAUUUGCAUGGGUCAGCAACACCACCCGCGCUCUACCCAGGAGAUUGAGGAAGUCUUUGAGCUUGGCAAAGGUCUCAACAUCGACCUUCCCGAGCUCGAGAACCUCGAAAAGCUACUCAAUCACGUCAAAUGGCUUGACGAAGCCCACACCCGUCCCGCCCAUCUGCAAACACUUCAAGAAGUCGACACUUUCAUCACUCGUGGCUUGGAGAUCGGUAUCCCCGAGACGAAUCCGCAUAUACUUCGCUUGCGCGACGCAAGGACCCAAGGCGAGUACUGGGAAGCCAAGGCCAAGGAGAUUAUGAGUGUUGAAAACGUCCAUUACCAGCAACUGGACGCUCUUUCCAAGCAGGCAGCUGGUCUGCCCGUCACUGCAGAGACACUUGCAAGAGUCGAUGCUAUACUCAAGAAGCAGCGCGAAGCCCAAGAAAAGAUUCUCGCUCUCUACCAACAGAGUAAGAAUCCGGAUUUCAGAUCCCGGCCAAUGUACAAGGACGUCAGAGAUGUCAUGGCAUCUUUGGAAGAGUUGAACAACAAGCCCGCUGGCACCGUCGACCUUGAGAAAGAGCAGCGCCGCCAUGAAGAUUGGAUGCGCCGCGGCAAGAAGUUGUUCGGCAAAGCCAAUGCGCCGUUACACAUCUUGCAUCAGCACAUGAACUUGGUCAAGGAGAGGAACGAUGCAUGUUUCGAACUUCGCGACAAGCCGAGAAUGCCAGUCGAGCCUUCUUCAAGGGAACAUACCCCGGAGCUCGACACCAAGAACAACUUCCCGGACGUCUUCUGUCUCUGCCGUAGACCUGAAGCUGGUAUGAUGAUUGAGUGCGAAUUGUGCCACGAAUGGUGA